GGAGGGGCGCGCCGGCCCCCGGAGGCUGAGGCCCGCGCUCCGGGGCCCCGCAGCGGCCGCUCCGCAGAGGCCCGGCCGCGGCGGUGGAGAGGGAGGGAGCGGCCCUGGCCUGUGCCGGCCGAGGGCCUGCGGCGGAGCCGGCGCGCAGGGCCGGGCGGCGAGGGCGCGGCGUAGGCGGCGGGGGCCCGGUAUUUAUAGCGGCGACAGCAGGGCCGCCGCCCGCCGCCAGGCCCAGCCGGCCGUUCCCCGCGAGUCGCUCGCGGCCCUUGGUAGACCACGGCCCUGAAGCCUUGAAGGAUGGGUAAAGACUUCCGCUACUAUUUCCAGCAUCCCUGGUCGCGCAUGAUUGUGGCUUACCUGGUGAUCUUCUUCAAUUUCCUCAUAUUUGCUGAGGACCCAGUCUCUCACAGCCAGACCGAAGCCAAUGUCAUUGUGGUUGGAAACUGCUUCUCGUUUGUGACCAAUAAGUACCCCCGUGGAGUUGGCUGGAGGGUGCUGAAAGUGCUGCUCUGGCUGCUGGCCGUUCUCACAGGACUAAUAGCCGGCAAGUUUCUCUUCCACCAGCGCCUGUUUGGUCAGCUGCUCCGGUUAAAAAUGUUCCGAGAGGACCAUGGGUCAUGGAUGACGAUGUUCUUCAGCACAAUCCUCUUCCUCUUCAUAUUUUCCCACAUUUACAACACGAUUCUUCUGAUGGACGGAAACAUGGGGGCUUAUCUCAUCACAGACUACAUGGGCAUCCGGAAUGAGAGCUUCAUGAAAUUGGCUGCAGUUGGGACGUGGAUGGGGGACUUCGUCACAGCCUGGAUGGUCACGGAUAUGAUGCUGCAGGACAAGCCCUACCCCGACUGGGGAAAAUCCGCAAGAGCUUUCUGGAAGAAAGGAAACGUUAGGAUUAUUCUGUUCUGGACAGUGCUGUUCACGCUGACCUCUGUGGUGGUUCUCGUCAUCACCACCGACUGGAUCAGCUGGGACAAGCUGAACCGGGGAUUCCUGCCCAGCGAUGAAGUCUCCAGGGCGUUCCUGGCAUCUUUCAUCCUGGUCUUUGACCUGCUGAUUGUAAUGCAGGACUGGGAGUUCCCGCAUUUCAUGGGAGACGUGGACGUGAAUCUUCCUGGGUUGCACACACCUCACAUGCAGUUCAAGAUUCCCUUCUUCCAGAAGAUCUUCAAGGAGGAAUACCGCAUCCAUAUCACAGGUAAAUGGUUUAACUACGGGAUUAUCUUCCUCGUCUUGAUUUUGGAUCUUAAUAUGUGGAAGAACCAAAUAUUCUAUAAACCUCACGAAUAUGGGCAGUACAUUGGUCCAGGGCAGAAGAUCUACACGGUGAAAGAUUCAGAAAGCCUAAAGGAUUUGAACAGAACCAGGCUUUCCUGGGAGUGGCGGUCCAAUCAUACCAACCCUCAGACCAACAAGACGUACGCGGAGGGAGACCUGUUCCUGCACAGCAGGUUCACGGGCGCCAGUCUCGAUGUCAAAUGUCUGGCUUUUGUUCCCAGCUUGAUUGCUUUUGUGUGGUUUGGAUUCUUCAUCUGGUUCUUUGGGCGGUUUCUGAAAAAUGAGCAGGGCAUGGAGAACCAAGACAAAACUUACACUCGCAUGAGAAGGAAAUCCCCGUCAGAACACAGCAAAGACAUGGGGCUAACUCGAGAGAACACCCAGGCGUCGGUGGAGGACCCACUGCACGACCCACCCAUGGUGUGCAUCGGGCCCGACUUCAACGAGAUCGUCUACAAGUCUUCGCACCUGACAUCGGAAAACCUGAGCUCACACCUGAAGGAGGCAGCUAGCGUGGCAGAGGCCGGCCAGGAGCCCGUGACCCCCAAAGGCUCCCCAACGAACUAGAGCCCCUCACUCUGGGACAGCACAGCAGCAGCAGCCUUGAGUGCAACUUUAGAAUGUUAGUCCUUCCUUUUGUCAAUGUCAGGUUUACGUAGCAUUAGAAACACAGAUGAUGCCACAACGGUGCUCAACAUGCUUUUUCUAGAAUCCCUUGUUUUGUAUUUGUAUUAUGAUUCACGUGCCUCCAGUACAUCCGACACUCCCCUAAAGGCUGCUUUCCCUCUGCACAAGCUGCUUUCUGACGUCACAACGCGGUAGAAGACCCAAGCCUCCACAUGUGUCUGAUGUUUAACCAUAGUGGUGCCUUGAGACAUUGAAGUGUCUCUCACUGUAGCAGAAAUGAGUGUG